UUCACUGCACGAGUCGCAAUUCUCAUUAUUGUAUCAGUCAGUUUCCAAAAGCGCUACGAGUGGUGAAAUUCAUUUCAUUCGUAUGACAAUGACGCACUUUUUGUUUUCAUACCCCGUCAUGGUCCUUUUGACGGUAAUGGUUACCUUAGGUCUUCUAAAGUUGAAGUGUUGGCUCAGAUGUGUCUAUUUGGUUUCCCGUCUACCAGGGCCCCCUGUAACGUCAUUAGUUGGUAACACUACCAUACUGACAACCACAACCGGUAAGUUAUAGAAACAAUAAAGACGUUUCUUUCGUUGUCUAAACUAUAUGGACCGUUAGUUAGGCUGUGGGUUUGUUUAGUUCCAUUCGUUGUGGUGAACAACCCUAGUGACAUCAAGGCCAUAAUGGCAAACGCGAAUCAGACACACAAAAAUUUUCUAUACACCCUGUUGGAUAAGUUCUUUGGCCAUGGCAUUCUUACAAGUAGCGGAGCCAAAUGGAAACAUGACAGGAAACUUAUAGAACCGUUCUUCCAUCGAAUGACACUCAACUCAUUUAUUACCACAUUCGCCGAAUCAUCCGAGUUGGUAGUGGACGGUCUACAAGAUAAAAGCGAAGUUAAGAUAACCGACCUCAUUAACAUCUGCGUGCGAGGCAUCCUGCACCAUACGAUGAUGGGCAUUCCUCUCAGCGAUCACGAGACCAAGUUAAGAUCUCCAUUCGUAACAGGUCACCCCUUUAUAAUUUCGAGAUUUCAGAGACCUCUGUACUUAAUUGAAAAUCUUUACCGAUUCUCCUCCCUUUCCAAUAACGAAACGCAACAGCAGACAAGCUUUAAAGAAUUUGCUAGGGAGAUUUUAGACAAACGUCGGAGGAGUGAAAAUAAUUUGGAGUGGUGUCUUUUGGACCAUUUGAUCCGUGUCGCGAACACCACAGGCGAAUUUACAGAUGAAGAUAUUGUCGAUCAAAUUUGCACAUUCAUGCUUUCGGGACAAGAUACUAUAGCUGGCGCUGUAACGUUUACACUGUAUAAUUUGGCUAAGCACCCAGAAACGCAGCAGAAGGUGGUGGAGGAAUUGGAAACUGUAUUUAACAAACACUCUUUUAUAAGUUUACGCAGCUUGAACGAAAUGGUUUACCUCCAACAGUGCAUAAAUGAGUCGCUAAGACUAUUUCCCAGUAUACCGUUGAUUUCUAAGAAAUUGGUCGAGGACGUUCAACUAGAAAAUUGUACACUGCCUGCAGGAUUAAAUAUACUUAUAUUACCAAUUGCUGUGCACAGACUAGAAGAGUAUCAUCCAGAUCCAGAAAAUUUUAACCCUGAUCGAUUUUCACGAGGAAAUGUGAAAGCAUUACACCCUUACUCUUUCAUACCGUUUAGUGCCGGACCACGGAAUUGCAUAGGUUAUAAAUUGGCUUACAUGGAAAUAAAGACCAUAAUAGCAACGAUCCUUCGGCACUACGUAAUUUCAGUUCCUAGUGAUCACGAGUUGGAGUUGUCGUAUAAAGUCGUUCUUAGAGCCAAACGCAUGGUAAUGACAUUCACCAAGGCUGUAAAAUACAUGUUUUGUAAUGUUGGCCUAUAAUUUUUUAUUAAAUUGGACAAGAAGGAGG